AUGUCACUGGAAAUCACAUCGGGGGAAAAAUUAUCCAUUGAUGUUAAUACACUAACAAAAGAAGAUUUACUAAUUCUACGUGAUGGAAAAGUUGUGAUUGAAAGAGGUCUAGUAUUACAUGGCUGUAAACCAAAUCCAAAAAUUGGUGACAUCAUCAUUGCAGCUAACAAUAAGCAGUUUAAAUCAGCUGAGGAAUUGACACAAUUCUUAAUGGAAAUGAUUCAAUCACGUUGUAAACUGACACUCGCAGUAAGUCGUCAGAAGAGUCACGAAGAAGUGGACAAUAAAAUUGACCGCUAUGUGAUUGAACUGAAAAAAACUAGUGUAAAGGAAUCAUUUGGCGUAUUUGUUGCAAAAGUAGAUGCACUGGCAGCCGAAGCUGGGGUCAGAGAGAAGGAUCAUAUAAAACGCAUAAAUAACGAGGCUGUGCAGUCUUUAGAAGAUUUUGAACGUUUAGUCAAAGAUCAACAAAAAAUUGUUUUGUACAUUGCUCGUGGCUCAAAAAUUGCCAUAAACCCUGUAGAAUUCGAAACAAAAAUGGUAUGCCUACACAUUCCUUAUGAAACUGGGGAUCUGCUAGGCAUAACGAUGAAGAACUUGGUCGUGACGGAUAUUCAAAGUGGCUCAGUUGGAGAAAAUAAAUUUGAGCUACAAGACAAAAUAAUGGAUUUGAAUGGAAGAAAGUUGAGUGAUGAUCAGCAGUUUUAUGAUUGGCUACAACGAAUAGAUGAAGAUCUGGAAAUUAACGUGAUGAGGAAAGUUGCGAAAAUGGAGACAGAUGGAAAAGCUUGCGAAUCCUCGUCAUCCACAGCUACCAUCAAUCGAGUUCUCAUCUCACUUUCUAUGGCGCCAUGUGAAGCCUUAGGUGUGCGCCCGGAUGAGAAUUUAAUGAUUUCACGAAUUAUGGAUAAAUCACAUGCUCAGGGUAAAUUUGAAUUAGGUGAUGUAAUCAAGAAGCUGAACGGUAUUCCGAUCACUGAUCGAGAACAAUUUUUCAAGCUUUUUGAAGAUGCCACAUCAGAAGGACGUGUAAAUAUCAUCGUUGAACGUAGCGCGGAACGUGAACUUGAGUUGGAAAAACGACUUCUACCACCAAAUAUAGAAAAAAUAAUCAAACGACACGCGGGAUUUGAUUAUAUCGUUGUGAAUGUUCGCUAUGAUUCCAGUGCAGGCCGUCCUUUUGGACUAAAUAUAGCGAAUGUCACUUCGCACAAAAUUAUCAUUCCGGAAUUAGCCGAAAAUGCUGUAGCUUCUGAUUACUUGAAAGCAUACGAUCAUAUCAUUGCCAUAAAUGGUAAUCCUGUAUCAGAUGUUACUGUAGCAAAAAAGAUGAUACGUGAAUGUCGAGCCAAUUUUCAGGCUGUAGUUGAACGACCGAUCACUCUGGAAAGCAAUGCAGAAAUCAAACGUGAAGUGGAUGAGUGGAAAAAGAGAAUGGCACGUCCGACCAACCUUGAACAGAUGCCACGUGAUGUACAAGACAUUGUAGAGAAACAUUUCAAAGAUCGGAAGUCCAAGAAACCUGUCAGUUUGAUUUCGUUGCUUCGAAAAUCGGUUGGUAAGCAACGUAAAAUUCAUUUCUCCGAGCGGCACAUUGAAACGCAAAUUCAAAGUGACACACCGCCGACAAAACGAUUACGAUCGUGCCGCUGA